UAGUUUGCGUUAUCAGUGCAUAAACGCAUUUUGUAAGAUAUUUUCGCCAGAUUGCACGGGAAUAAAAAUAUGGCCUCAAACGGCAUAACGAAAGACCAUCAAUGCCAUCAAAAUGGUGGCUAUCAAGAGGAAAAUAAAACAGAAAGUAAAGACGCAUACAAAUGGGACACAUUUGAAGACAGAAACGACAAUAGCGAGUCCUCUAAAGGUGGCAGGCGGUGGGAAGCCAUCCAUAAAGUAUCUAAAGUGAUUUUUCUGGUUAUCUUAUUUCUGUGUGUGUUAGGUACUGCUAUUUUGAAUAAAAGUACAGUUUUCCUUCUAGUGUCCAAUAUCUCACCACCGAAUGCCGCUCGAAAUACGUCACUCAAGACUUCAGGGUACCAUUUUCGAUAUGAAACGUCUGAAACUGGUGUCAAUUAUAUAUGGGCGCUUGUCUUGAUAGUGAUAUCUCCUUACAUCUUCGUUGCAAUAUCAAGUACCUGGUCAUUAAUAUGCAAGAGGAAUGAAGUAUUCAAAGAGAAUAAACAAGAUAAACAAGAAGAUAAACAAGCUGAACGAGAUAAACAAAAAAAGGCUAAACCUAGUGAUUUAAAACCUUUCGUUGUCACUUUCCUAGUUGAGACAGUGCAUUCAGUUGGACUUAGUCUUCUUGUAUUUGCACUUUUACCAAACUUAGAUCCAGUUGCAGGAGGACCAUUGUUUUGCUUGAACAUCGUAGUUAUUCCAUCUUUCCUUGGACUUAUAGGGACUGCAGGGAAUGAUUGUCGAUCAAGCUGGAAGAUUAUUCGGCUUUCAAAGUAUAUUGUUUGCGGUGCUUCAAGCAUUACCUCAAUGGCUUUCUGGACCUACUAUAUAUAUAAAAUGGAUAGCGACUUGAAGGGCGACAAGCAAGGCCUGAUUACUAUAUCUGUCUUUGCACCUUUGUUAAUAUCAGUGGUUUCAUGGAAAAACUUUAUUCCAAGGCAGAACGACUUUGUGACGAAUUUGUUAAAACAGAUGCAUAAGGUUCGUACAAAAUUAAACGCCAUCGUCAGCUUAGGGAAAAUCUUAGUGACAUUAUGCAUGGUGUCACUUCUCUAUGGAAGCGGUUGCAAUAAUGGAUUAAAGUGCAUCAAAGCCCUGUACGGCUUUACUUUGUCGAACGAGAAUAUAACAGAGGCAAGCAACAGUACAGCACUACUGAACAAUGCGUCAACUGGUACAGCCUGUGCCGUGUUAGAAUCUGCAUUGCUGGGACCUACAACUCUCGUCGUAAACUCAAUCAGCGGAUCGUGUUCAGGGAAUAUGCCCUUUUAUAUUGCCGCCGUAAAUAUUUUAUCAGGCUUCUUAUGUUUCAGGUGUUGUGUUGCCGCCAACAAAAUACUGGUACAACUUCAGAGCUUUUCGUUGCCAUUAGUAUUGUCGACACCAGUGACCGUAGUUUUUAUGUUAACCUUAUUUUCGAAAAGUGACAUACAAAUAUCAGACACAUGUAUUUUGCCGUUUGCAAAGUGGUCAGGGGGUAUAGCAUAUGACUCGUCUCUUAUAGCUGCAAGCAUUCUAGGAUAUAUUGCCAUGGUUCUGUUGACGAAUCAUAUAUGGAUACAAAGUCAAGAUAGAAUGGAAAAUGGACAUAGAAUAUUCAUUGCACCUCUGUAUUGCGGAGUGUUACUUGACCAGUCGCUCAUUCUAAAUAGAAGACGAACAGAAAAUUGCACCGAAUUAGAGGAAGAAGAAAAUAAGGAUAAACAAAACGCUGGUAAAGGACAGACAACAAAGAUAUAUGUAUGCGCCACAAUGUGGCACGAGACGGUCAACGAAAUGACACAGUUACUGAAAUCUUUAUUUAGAUUAGACGAAGAAGUUCAUGAACUUUGGUGCGAAGAGAAAAUGUACCCAGACUCGGAUCGCUUCAAGUUUGAAGCACACAUACUGUUUGAUGAUGCAUUUGAGACUAAAGACGGUACAAGCCGGGAGAACAGUUACGUAAAGGACCUUAUCAAAACUAUUGGUGUUGUCUACGAAUAUCAGUAUGGUUCAAACAGAAAAAUGAAAAAGUAUCCUGUAUCAAAAUGCAAAACACCAUAUGGAGGUAGAAUAAAGUGGAAGUUUCCGUGUGACAAUAAUCGGCUGAUAAUACACUUGAAAGAUAAAGAAAAAAUCCGACAGAGGAAGCGUUGGAGUCAAGUAAUGUACAUGUACUACCUGCUUUCAUACAAGAUGAUUAGAAACAAAGAAUCAGCUGAAAAUACUUUCAUUCUUGCUUUGGAUGGAGAUGUCGACUUCAAGCCUACUGCUUUGAGUCUUCUUAUUGAUAGAAUGAAGCGUAAUCGCAAUGUUGCAGCUGCUUGUGGAAGAAUACUUCCGGUUGGAACUGGUCCUAUGGUCUGGUACCAAAAGUUUGAAUACGCUGUCAGCCACUGGCUACAAAAGGCCACGGAACAUACCAUAGGAUGCGUGCUGUGCAGUCCUGGUUGUUUCAGCCUCUUUAGGGCUUCACAUCUAACUGAAAAUAAAGUUCUGAAACGAUAUACUACAGCACCUACAGAUGCCAGACAUUAUAUCCAAUAUGAUCAAGGUGAAGACAGGUGGCUAUGUACAUUACUUCUUCAGAGAGGUUUUAGAGUUGAAUACUGCGCAGCUUCAGAUGCGUACACUUUUGCUCCAGAAGGAUUCUAUGAGUUCUACAACCAGCGACGACGUUGGACACCUUCAACAAUGGCUAAUAUUCUCGAUCUUUUACUAGAUUAUAAAAAUGUCACCAAGAACAACGAUGAUAUCUCUGUAAUUUAUGUAGCUUACCAAAUGCUUUUGAUGAUAUCAUCAAUCUUGACGCCUGGAACAAUAUUUUUGAUGAUAACAGGAGCUUUGAAUAUGGCAUAUCCGUCUCUUUCGUUGUACUGGGCUUUGGUUUUGAAUGUGCUACCUGUUGCUGUAUUUGUUGUGUUCUGCUUUGUGGCUAAGCCAAAUGUCCAGCUAGCAUAUGCAGCAAUACUAUCAACGAUUUACUCUCUGGUGAUGAUGUUGGUGAUCGUUGGGCUUUUAAAACAGGCUGCGGACAACGGAUUCUGUUCAGUUACAACAGUGUUUCUUUGUUUUGUUGUUGGAGUGUUUGUCUUGGCAGCCUUUAUUCACCCCCAGGAGUUUUGGUGUAUUCUACAUGGAUUCCUGUAUUUCUUGGCUAUUCCGUCAAUGUCGAUGCUGUUAAUGUUAUAUUCACUCUGCAACCUACAUGUCGUUUCAUGGGGCACCCGGGAAUCCCCAAAACCAGUCACAGGACAAGAGUCAGCAGAAUUGUCAUCAGCAUCCGAACCAAAAGGCAUGGCGCAAUUUUUCACGGAACAUUUUGGAUUAGCCCGGGAAUCAGAAUAUAUGUUUUCUUUUGGUAAUCUCUUUAGGUGCAUUUGUUGUCCUGAUGACAGACAGGACAGAAAUGAUGCGAAAUUUCACGCUAUACUUAACCGGUUAGAUGGACUUGAAAAGUCGUCUGUUAGAGAAGAUGAAAACCAGCCCAAAACCGAUCAACAAACGCAGGAACAUGGAAACAAUAGUAACACUGGAGCAGAUCAAACGAUUUCUUCGAAAAGUUUCCAUAAUGAAGACGACAUGUCUUGGAAGAAGAUGAAGCUAAGUGAUGAGGAGACGCUGUUUUGGGAGGAAUUAAUUUUACAAUAUCUGUCUCCUUUGUCGGAAGACAAGGAAAAACAAAGGAAGAUCCAGUCAGAUUUGAAAGAGCUCAGAAACAAAGUGUGUCUGUUUUUCCUGUUGGUAAAUGCGUUAUUCGUGACCAUCGUAUUCAGCUUACAACAAGUCAAUGUAGAGUCUGAAGGUACACUUUCAACAGAAUUACCGUGUUCAAAUGGAACUGAUGGAGGAUCGUUUGAACCAAUCAGUAUGGCAUUCACAGCUAUCUUUGGAAUUCUUUUGAUGAUCCAGUUUGUGUGUAUGAUUUUUCACCGAAUGUCAACGUUUCUACAAAUAUGUUCGAUUACCAGCUUGAAAAGAAGAGAAAUGAGACAGGAUAGAAGGAAACAAGUUAAAACUGUAAAGAGAGAUUAUGAAAAUGUCAGUACUAAAGAUGAAUUACCAAAUGCCGAGAGCAUUUUCGAUUCUGAAAAGUCGGAUGAUAUGGAACCUGUAACAGAAUCAACAGUCGAACCUCGACGAAAAUAUAGACGGAAUCGGCAGUUAUUCAGGCAUAGCCUAAGUGCUCUUUAUGCGGACAUAUCAGCAAACAAUUCCAAAACCACUUCACUAGAGACGAUAUUUGCAGAAAGGCAUUCUACAGAAGCAUAGACCAAGGCGGAAUAGCAAAUAGGAAGUUCAGUGUUUGAGAAGACAUAUUGAUUGCAAAGAUGAUGAAAUAGAUAAUGAAAUACAGAAAGAUUAAAGUACGAUGUUUCAUCAAAAAUUGAAUAACAUGUGAAAAAAAUCUUAUAUUUAUAUCUUGUGUCAUUAUACAUGUAUUUCAAUUUAUUUUAUGUUAAGCAGAAUCUAGAUCUUUUUUUUUUGUUUCACUCAAAUAGUUUAAUUGAUUCAUUAAUGCAAAUGCCAGAUAUUUAUGUUUUACGGAAAUAACAGGAGAAUUACUUCAUACUGUUCAAUAACUGUUACUUUGAAAUUGUUCAAUAGGAAAAGAAAGGUCGGACGUCUAUCACUUGUUCAUACAUUUCGAGCACUAAUUUAUGCAAAUGUGAGCAUUUUGGUAGGCAUUUACUUAUCUAAAUUACAAAUACUCUUUUAUAUAUAGAAAACAAUAAAAUCAAAUUUAUUACAAUACUAUGGUCAUUAAGUAAAAACAAUGUAUUUGACAAGGAAAUGAGUUACAAAAAUGUAUAUGUUUACUUAAUCUUAACAUAAAGGCAAGAUGAGUAAUUGCGUUUAUGUACAAAUGAACGAUGGCUUUGCUAUUUGGACCUUAAUAUUACGAGGGUCCUGCAAAAUGUUAUGUCACUAAUGGGCUUCCUUAGUUUUAUCCAAGGUAUUUCUAAACGCUUCAUUGCACUUGAAUGGUGUGUCCAAUAGCUGUCCUGCUAUUGUAGGUGAAAGAUAUAGCCAGCUGUACAGGUAUAUUAGAAGGCAGUGUGCAAACAAUUCUGAAAAAGCGUUUUGACCUGAGAAAGCGUUGCGCUAGGUGGGUACCUUAUGUGCUCAUAGAAGAGCAAAAGAAACAACGCCUUAUAUGUGCCCGGGGAACUUUUGAAAACAUACAAAGGCUGUGAUAGUCAGGCUAUUUCUAACUUGCUAACAGGUGACAAAACCUUGGUGCACAUGUUUGAGCCACAAAGAAGUGCUGAUAAUUAGCAAAGGAAGCUAAGAUAAAAAACGCCCCUGUUUUGCCAAAAUGAACCGUAAGUUCGUAAAAGAUGUUGUACGCAAUUUUCCUCAAUUCUAGCGGGCCAUUCGUUCAAGUGCCUUGUCCAUCUGGUCAUACAGUCACUGGACGAUUCUACAAGAACUCUGUACUGAAGAAAGUGAAAAUGUUUUACAGUUAGAAACGUCCAAGGAAAUGAUGGUCAGAAGUCCAUCUUAUACACGACAACGCCUCCUCUCAUGAGUGCGAGGUUGUUAAGACUUUUUUUUAGGUUUUUGAAAAGGUGGAAGUUGUAAACUAUCCGCCUUAUUCACCUGACCUGUGUCCCUGUGACAUUCUGUAUUUCCAAGGCUUUAGAAAAUGUUUUCUGGAAACAAAUAUAAGUCAGUCCAGACGUUCUCUUUGCCGCGCCAUUUAUCAGUGUCUCAAACAGAUACCAAAAGAAGACUAUUUAUCUGUUUUUUAACAAUUUGGUAAAAAGCUUACAAAAAUGUGUUUUCGGUACACAUUGUAGGUUUGCUAAUGAAAACGAAGCACUUAAGAAAUUCAAACCCAAUGUCAGAACUUUUUGCAGGACCCUCGUAGUUCGAGUAUAUACAGAAUAAAUUAAAAAAAUAAAUAUGGCGUCCAGUUAGGGAAAAGGUCUUUUAAAACAGACACAAAAUGAAAAGCAUGACAAUUUGACUAUGAAAAAUAAAAAACAUUCGUUGUUUCUUCUUUUCAACAUUUUACCAUCGAUUUUACUGCCAUAAUCUCGAUAUCGUAAUAGCAUGUUUUCAGAUUUUACUAGUUUUAUUACAAAAUUCUAGUAAAAGGAUGGACACUACCCUUUUGUGGGCGGUGCUUCUAAUACCGCCAAGAUUAGUAAAUAUGUAACACAUCAGUUAAUUAGCUAGUCUGUGCAGUGCAUUCAAACGCUAUUUGGUCUAAAAUUCCAUCCCGUUUGUAGCUUUUCACGCAAUGUAUUGUAUUUUGAUACCAUUAUAUAUUUUGAUACCAUUUAAGACAAAAUUUCAUUCCAUCCAUUUUAGCAUAAAACGAUACGCCAAAAAACUUGUUGCGAUGCACCGAAAUGUGAAACCGUCCGACAUGAUAUGGUGCCAUGUAGCUCAAUGUGAAGAUGUUCGACGCAACCCGAGUUCGUGCAGUGUUAAAUGAGAUGAGACAGUGUCUAAUGCAUAUUGAAACAGCGUUGUUUGAUAAUAGGCAAUGUAUUAAUUCUUGAACUCAUCGAUGUGGGUUCGAGCCUCACUCAGGGCGUUGACUUCUUCAUGUGAGGAAGCCAUCCAGCUGGCUUACGGAAGGUCGGUAGUUUUACCAAGGUGCCUGCUCGUAAUGAAAUAAUGCUGGAAAGUCGAUAAUGACCUAUCAUGUGUCUGUGCGACGUUAAAUCCAAAAAAAAAUAUUGAUCCAUGCAACACAAUGUGAAACCGUCAAACACAACUUCUAUACGUGCAAAGCAAAACGGAGUGACUCACUGCAACUUGAUGUCGUCUAAUGCAUAUUGAAACCGUUUUAUGUAAAACCAAGCGGCGAAUAAGUCAUAGUGAUCGUUCGAGAAAAAGUUCUAGUUAUCGUUCGAGAAAAAAGUUCUGCAUGGUGUUUAUAGACCAGUGUGGAUUUGUUUUUCCAAAUCACCUCACAUGUCUAUAAACCCCUCGUAGACAUAUUCCGAGAUAACUGACUUACCUACGUGCUCCUUUGUUUUAAGUAGUCCAGGCUGGUUUUGAGUUUGUAAAACGUUUGUUUUAAGUACGUAAAAUUGAAACAAAUAUAUAAACAUAGGGAAAAAGCCAAAAUGGUCGGGUACAAAAAUCAUUAUAGGUUAGCAAUGUUUGUAUUAUCUAAACACAUUCAUUCAUAAUACGGAUUCAUCAGGAUAUGACACAGAAAUCAUUUUAUCAUAUUUUUUAACACCUUUGAAAUGGCUGUAAGUUUAUUUAUUUUCUUAAUUAGGUACGUUGUCGUAUAUAGGUACAUGUAUUUAUAUAGAUCUAUCAUUGCAUAAAACAAGAUUGUCUGAGUCAUUUGAAUACCCCAAGCUCUUGUAUGUUUUAGUAAAAUUAUCUGAUAAGUACAUUUCCCAAACAAGGUACAUUACUUUGACUGGGGAAUAUAUCUGGGUACUGUAAGAACAACAGAAAAUUACAAACGUUUGGAUAACACUGUUUAUAAACCUUGACAACGUAAGAUAAUAAUAAAUAAACAGAUACUGAAAAUUGUGUUCCCUUCAAUUUGUUCUUGUAUUACUCCCCGUAAGGCACAACCCUGAAUGAGGUAAUAUACUAUAUUUACAUUAGAAAAGACGAAAUGUUUCAAUAUUUUGUCGUAUAAGAAAAACUAUUGUUCAUACUUUCAAUAAAGAUUAAUCAUGAUGACAGAUGACAGGUUUUAAAUGUAAACAAUGCAUGUUGCGUUAAACAUCUUCACAUUGGACUGCAUUGCAUCAAGUUUUUCUACAUCGCUCUUUAUUACACAAAGCGGUCUCAAUACACAUUAGACGGCGUCUAGUUGUAGUAAAGUCAUUUCAUUUAACCUGCAGGUACUCAUUUUGUGUUAAAGGGCUUCCCAUUGAGUUGCAUAAUAUGUUUUGUUGGAUAAUUUCAUAUUACGUUGCAUCGCAACAAGUUUUUCAAUGCAUCGUUUCAUGUUUAACUGAGCAACAUGAAGUUUUAUGUUAAAUGGUUUCAAAAUAUAAUGCUUGAAUCCAAAUUUAUUGGACGGGAGUUUUAAACUAUAGACUUCGUGGAAAUGCACUGCACUGACUGACUUGUGAAUGGUUAUUUAUUUACAUAUUGACUAAUUUUGGCGAUAAACGCCGCCCAUACCAUUUUUCGAUGUUCUUUCUGUACAAUCGAGCUUAAGUUCACAGUUUUAACUUCGAUCAUUAAAACUAGUCCUUUUCUUCUCUUGUAUCUCAAGCUCACAGUGUAUGAAAUAAUUCUAAACGUUAGAAAUAAAUUCGUUCUACAUCCUAACAUAGAAGAACCCUACAAAUAUUUAAUCGCCUUGUCGGCGCAGAAUUACUCUUUUUGGUAAUAAGUAACGGAACAUUCAGCUAGGCGAAGGGCCGUUUAAACUUAAAAUUAAAUUUUUCUGCGUUUAGACGAGUGAUGAAACUGGAACAGCUGUACAUGUUUCAAAGAAAUCUUAACUUAAUGUCACUUUAUCCAUUAAGAAACUUGUUUUCAGAUCUUUUGCAUUAUCUUGCUUGAAAACUAAGUUGUACCUAUGUAAUUUAUGCACGCGAUGCAUCAAUAAGAUACUGUUGAAACUAGAAUGUUUAAAAAUUUGUUAAAAGAGAGUUCGAUGUUACAUGAUUUAAUGAUUUAACCGAAAUUUAGAAAACAAUAAUUGUAUGAUGAAAGUUUAAAAAAAAAAAAAAAAACAUCUCCCGCCUGAUAUUUUUUCACGUUUGUAAACGGUUCAAGAUGCCUUUAGAAAAAUACAGCGGUUGCCAUAAAUUGCUUAAUAAACGGAGACGGAUGUUACUGUUUAUUAAAUAUUGUGUUUAUUUAUACUUUGAAAAGAACUUUACAGAAUAUUCUCAUCAAAACCAUUCAAGCCGUUAACAAUUGCGCUAUGAGUUAUUUAAACAUGAAUAACAAAAUAUUGAUAAAGCCUAGACAAGAUAUAAAAGUUGGAAAAUCAGUGAAGGAUAACAUAUUGGUUUACACUUUUAAAAGUGUUGUGAAACGAAAGCAGAUUUAAACAGACAUUUUAAAGUUGAUAAUGUAUCGGCAUAUCUAAUUUUGUUGGGAAAAGAAUUCCAUAGUCUGUGAUUUUGAAUGCAAAAGAACAAGUGCCAUGCAUUGACAGUUGCUUUUUAAUCAUUUGUUUAUCAUCGCAAGUGCCUUUUAAUUUGAUAUUACGUACUCGAACACAAGUGGUAAUUCAUGUCUAAAACUUAAUCUAAUCGAUGCAUUCAAAAACUAAACAGUUAGGCCUAAGUGUCUAUAAAUCCGAACAUUUAGUUAUGAAGCGUAUAACAUUCAUUGUUGUUGCAAUUUGUUCUUAAUGCUUUGAAAAACACUCGUUUACGAGAAUUAACUUGAAAGAAGUCCAACAGAAGUAUGUUUUUGAAAGGCGGUGAAAUAUAAGCAGCUUUAUCAUGAUUUGUGUAUGAAAAUGAUAGUUAAAAUUUUAAUGUGAAUUUAGAAAUCGGUGUAUGCAGUUAUGUAAAAAAGAACAAUGAUUUAUAUGAUAAAAAUAUCAUGAUUUUUUAUUGCCCUACGAGUAAAACAGUAAACAGCAUUUUUACAGCACCGUAAGGCUAAAUGGGUUGAUACUUUCGAUAUACUUUGAAAUUCCCUUUAAUCCUAGAGCAAAUAAAAUAAAAUAAAAAAUAUUAAAUCAGUCUAAUUAAGCAUAAAUGGGAAGAACGAUGAGGAGUUUAUCGUGUUUUCGUGCAGUUCCUGUGUAUCAAAGGUUUAUUAGUUUGUUUAGAUCUGUUCAUAGCAAUUAUGAUAAAUUCCUUGAAAUUGGUCAUUGAACAUAUACCGUAACAUUUGCCUUCUUUAUACCAGUGCAACGUGAAAAGAAAAAGUGAUCAAAGGAUCAUAUAACCUUAGUAGACGAUAAUAUCUUGAACUUUUGCGUCAAUGUUUAUAUUACGUCACAGUUAUAACAUGUCGUCAGCAAUGUUUUUAAAAAAGAAUUAGUGUUAUAAUUAUAUGAUUUGAAAACUAUCUUUGAUUUGCUUUGUAUUUUAAAUAUUGCAUUCGAUCACUAUAACGAUUACACAAUCUUAUCCAUAUCGAUGUAAAAGUACAGUUCCUUUGAUUAUUUCGUAUUUUCUUGCAAAUUGAUUUGUAUAAUUUGCAUAAUAAUCGUUUGAAAUCCGACCAUUUCUAUAAUAUGUGCGUGCGUAUGUGUGUGCGUGGUUGCAUAUGUGUUUUAAUUUAAUGAUGCUUUCACCCGUUCACUUGUUCGAACUUAAUUUUAGUAAGUAACAUACAAUUUCCAAAUAUUACUAGAAAGGGUAAAAUAAUUACUUCAAAUGAAUUGUUUACGUCCGAUUUUCUGGGAGAACAUUAGUUUUACUUAUGGAUUACACUUAGUCUAGCAACCUUCCGGUAGAAAUAAUAUCUUGACAUGAAAAACAAAAUAAGACAUCAUCAAAACUCCUGUAGCGUUUAAAGGACAGUAAAUCUGAUAGUGUUAUAAAGUUAAUACUUUUUCUACAUCAACAACUUACGAACCAGAUACACAGUCCUGAGUGAAGUAAAUUAAUUACAAAAGAAAACUGUACUUUGAAAUGCAUUUAAUACCAUAAGACAAGUAUUAUUAGGCAAUGCCUUUACAGUACUUGUUGUGUGUACAUUUUAUCAUUUUGUUUGCAAUGUCACAUCUAUAUAUUACAUGAAAAUACAGAAAAA